AUGUCCAGACUUACAGCUUCGCCUUUUCAUAAACCCUCUCCCUUCGAGUUUCCUCGUGGUCCCCUAAGUCCCCCCGAUACCAAUACGGACACCGUCGUUGGUUCUGGGCUUAUUCUGCCUGCCUCAAAUCAUCCUGCAGUGCAAGACUCUGGUUCACUAGACACCGGAAUCCAAAGUGCACACGACUCACCGUUACGGGGAAAGAAGUCAUCAUCAAUUCCCUAUCAUAAUACAAGCUUCCGCGAGUCGAAGGAAAGAGCUAUUCAACGAAAUAAUGUCAAGUCAUUAAUCAUUGUAAUGCCUCCUUCAACUCUUUUACAAGGAUAUGGCCCGCGUGGGCAGACUGUUACGAACGGUCCAUUUCACCGCUUAACGCAGGGUAUUGUUAUGCCCAUUUUGCCUUCGAUGUUUGGGCAAUUGACUGCCAUUGCACGAGAAUUCAGUUUCCCGAGCACACUCGGUCUCUGCCUAUAUCUUCAUUAUGUCGAGGACGGGGUCACUUUGACACCAAGAAUAUCGGAUGAUUCCUGGCAAUCUUUAUGGGGCCAUCUGUCAGAUCCUCCCCUCGCAAACGAACGUCGUCCACUUAUAUGUGGCAAGAUUGAGUUUGAUAUUGACCUCCGGGCAGCACGCUGGUAUGGCAGUUGGGUUUCAGCCAUUCAUAGAGAAAUAUCCGAGCAUUCCAACCACGCAUAUCCAGUCACUGCACCUUCGCAUUUCCGGGGUGAGAGUAGUCUGGUAGGGGGGCGCCACUUCGACGAAGAUAUGGCCGAUAACACGAUUCAACAGAACAGCGCGCCCAUCGGACGUCAUGUCCCCAAGAAACUAUCUUUGGUAGAAAGAUUCGACGUCGCAUCGGUAAGGUCGGAGCACCGACAUAACUCGCGUUCGGUAGCGGCUUCGACUGAAUUUGUCGCUGGUCAGCAAGUCCUUUCGACAAUCGUUCAGGAAGACGAACCCAAAUCUGGACGGCAGCAGUUAGAUAACCUUGUAAAGUCAUGGAGAGCAAGUGCACUUAUAAGUCCGAGCCCACUGGCGGCCAAGGGGCAACCAAGCCUUGAUGCUGUCUAUCUGCCCAACGAUGUUCCUAUAGAUACUCCAGAUGAGAUCCCUGGUUCUCCUGCAGUUAUGAGGCUUGAGGACUACACAUGGUCAGUUUCAUCAGAAGGUCCUUUGUCUAUUGGAGAGUUAUCACCCGUUUCAUGGGUUCAUGCACCUUCUGUCCACAUUGCUGAUCGCCUUCCUGGUUCCGUUUGCACCUCAGCUUCAAUUUGUACUUCUUUUGGUUUUGUUGAGGACGACAACUACUCAUAUGUUUCAAAUGAAACCCGCGUACCUUCGGUGCACCUUGCUGAACGCCUGCGAGGUUCUGUUUGUUCUUCGCCUUUAACGUGCACAUCCUUUGGCCCUGACGAUGAUGUCAGUGACAUAUAUCAUACCUCAUUCAACUCCCGUGUCCCAACUCCUGAUAUUGCCCAUCGCUUCUACGAAGAUUGUCCACCUACACCCAUGACGGCAACCUCAUGGGGCGCUCCGUUAUCGUAUCCUCCCUCACCGAGAUGUGUAUCUCCUGCUCUUUCCUUGGACCUUGGAGAACGAGCGAGGUUUCAUGAUCAGUUCGAAACCAUGGUACAUUAUCCUCGAUCGAAGUCCUUAUUAACACAGGAAUCCAUAGAAACUAAUGGGCCUUGGGAACAUGUAUGGCCGUUCAAUAGCGAUAUGAAGGCUUCGACUUCAGCAUCUGAUACAGUUCCAUGGGCACAUGUAUGGCCAUUUAAUAUUCAAACAAAGGACAACCUAGAAGCAUCUUCAAUAUCCGCCCCACUACCCUGGAAACAUGUUUGGCCAUACAACGAAGAAGUGGAAAAUAACGCUUCUUUGUCUUCAAUUCCCGUGAUCAGUGCUUGGCCGCACGUAUGGCCAUUUAAUAGUCAAAGUACCAAUGUUAAUAUCCCUCCUCUCAUGCCUGCUAACGGCGCCUGGGAACAUGUUUGGCCUUUCAAUAGCGAAUAUAUGCACAGCACAGGAUUGUUGCAAGAGGACAAAAUUCUUUUACCACACAACAAGGAGAUCACAAAGGUGACAUCGGCUUCUGCGACUGCUUCAGGUCCUUGGUUGCACGUGUGGCCGUACAAUUCAUCGUCUAAACCGUCAAACAUGCAGCACUGCGCUUCGGUGUAUAAACCAUCGUCAUUUGGGUAUCCAUACAUCAACCAACCCGUUUAUCCGCACAUCGAAUUAUACCCCACUCUGCCAGGAGAGUUGAGUAUUUAUAAUCAGUUGGAUACUAUGCAAGACAUUGUCGUCGAGCUUCCUGUAUUGUAUCCCAUGAUCCAGUUAUAUGUGCCUGUAUAUCCUCACAACCUAAGCAAUAUAUACCCAGAGACUAUCUUUCAAGCAGCAGACCCAUGCUCUAAAGCGCAAGUGGAAGUGCCUUUUUCCGAUACCUGUUAUACUGCUUUGCACUGUGGGGCCCAUACCGACAAAACUCGGUCGCAGUAUCCGCACUUUGAUAUAUAUCCCGACAUAACCAAUCAGUCAUCAGAGAUCUCGAUACCUCCAUCUUUUGAUCGGCCUUUGCAUACCACAGUGAUUUAUCCAACUUUUAACUUGUACCCUGCUAUCUACCCGUACUUUGACUUGUACCCAUGCGUACAUGAAGCUCAAAGGGAAACCGUGUCACUACUGACAGAGCCAAUGCCAACUUAUGCUCUAUCACCUGUUUUGCUGACCCAAUAUCCUUCAUUUAAUCUUUAUCCAAAGGUUUACCCUUACUUUGACAUCUACCCAGCUGCAUACGAUGCUGUCGCUGCAACCAUUGAAACGGGAACUACCCAAGACUUCUCAUUGUCACCGACAUUACCUACUUCAUAUCCAUUCUUCAAUAUUUAUCCAAGUCUGUAUCCGGACUUCGUCAUCUAUCCUGCUGCACAUAGUGAUGUAGGCACUGCAUUCGCUGAGCCUGAACCAGAAAGAUCUUUAUCGCCCAUUUUACGACCCAUGUAUCCGUCAUUUAACCUUUACCCCAAAGUGUACCCAUAUCUAGAGAUCUACCCGCCAUCAUACGCCGUCAAAGUUGACAAUGUCGACAGUAAAUACGUCGAACUGGAUCAUAGAAUAACGAAAUAUCCUUACUUCAUUCUCUACCCCGGAGUGUAUCCUUACUUUGACAUCUACCCAGCCCCUUAUCCCUCCCUCCCUCUUGACCAUAUUUCCAUCCCAUCCUCAACUGCAGAAACUAGAACAUGGACACUCCCAUACCCAUUCUUCAAUUUAUAUCCGGCCGUUUACCCAAAUUUCGACCUUUACCUUCCACUUCCAGACUUUGCCAUACAGCAACCAAACAAACCCUCGAAAAUUAACAACAGUAGGUUGACGCAUCUGGAACUGCACGCUAUGGUUAUGAUGGAAAAGGCUCAAGCGAAGUCCCGGGGAUCCUUCGGUCGCCUAGAGACAUUCCUUGACAUCCCGGACAUCGAUUCUGAGACGCCUUUCCUCGGUGAGCACGAAGAUAUCGAUCAUUACUUUCAAGAAAAGUCGAUUUCCCGGAAUAUUCGCAUCUCCACUGUACCCAUUCCAAAUCGUGGUGUUCGUAGACUGACAUCUGCCUCGGCCAAGUCUGAGAAUAUCUCUUUGUUCGACAGCCCGACAGAGAGCGAUCAAAGUCACACCAAUUUCUACGGAACAUCACCCUCUAAUGUGCAGGACCGUGGCUUCUCAAAGAUAUCGAAUGUUCGCGGGCAGCUGGGAUACCAAGACGAAUCCACUCUAUAUAGGACAUCUCUUAAUAUUCAUGACCGAAGUAUUACAAGGUCAUCGAGCCUUAGAGAGCCUCAAGGAAAGCCUCCGAUCCCUCCGAAACCUCAAUUUUCGGCUCCACGGCGUCGUGAUAGUCUUGUUUUGCAAAGAGUUAAGGCCCUAGAUAAUCAUGUAGCAGAAAACUCAACGGUAAUCCCAAGGGAGACUUUGCUAAAAUUCCCGAUGCCACCCCGAGCUUUCCCUCCCCUUCCUCCAUUACCGCAGGAUCGUGGACAUUGA